UUGAUUUUUAUUGAAACUCUUAAUUAGUUUAAAUAUAUAAUAAUAGAAUUUACAUUUCGUGAUUAAUACUUUAUUUAUAACGACUGUUUUAGUCUUUGAAUUUAUUUAUUUAUUUGCAAUGGAAAAUCGUAACAAAUAUUCACGUAACGAUGAAAAAGAUCGUGAGGAUUCUCCGAUAUAUUCAAGGUUGUUUAUAGUAUGCGAUCGGAAUUUAAAAGAAGAACAAUUCAGAACUGCGUUUUCAGAGUUUGGUUGUAUCGAAGAUAUACGAAUACCUCGUCACCAUAAAACAGGCGAACCUAAAGGAAUAGUUUUUAUAAAGUUUUCAAAGACCUCUGAAGCAGCCAAAGCUCUUGAGUCUAUGAAUAUUAAAUUUAUUUCAAAUUCUACCCGAGCACUUAAAGUUAUGGUUGCAGCUAAUCGUUCAGAAAUACAAUCUGAAGAUUAUAAUUAUGAUAAAUACAGACGUCUAUUUAUACAUAUUCCUAAGGAUAUGACCGAAGACGCUUUAGAAGACAAUUUUAAAAAAUUUGGUUUUGUUGAAGAUGUUCUCAUCCAAAGAGACCGAGACACGGGAACAUCUAAAGGUUUUGCCUACAUUACAUACCAAAAAUUUUCUGAAGCAGCUAUUGCAUUUGAGGAAUGUGACAGAAAAUACAGAGCAAUAUUCGCUCAACCAAAAGGGUAUAAACGUAAUGAAACAAGCUACGAAACAAACAUAAAAGGUCUAGCCAAUUCAACAACGGCAGGUAAUCAAAGGCAUUCACUGAUGUCAAUGAUGAAUGUAAAUCCAAGAGAUUUUACCCGAGUAAACUUUACUUGCAGUCCUUAUUUAACUCAAAUGCAAGUUGACACAUUAUUUGAUAUAAUACCCGGUAUGGCAAAUUGCACCUAUUUUAUUGAUUUAUUAAAAAACAUUGGUACAGGUUCUGUUCUAUAUUCAAACCCAAUUUCGGCUGCUUAUGCAGUUAAAAAAUUAAAUGGGUUUGAAUAUCCUCCAGGUCAAUCAAUAUUUGUUGAGCCAUCAAAUCCUAAUUUAGCCCCUUAUGAGUGUGAUUUCCCUAAUAUACCAAGUGCAGUCAAUAAUUUAAGAAAUUUAAUCUCAUUAACUGCCAAAUCAUCUUCCCCUGAUCUUGCACAGUUGGCAGAAGCUAUUGCAGAAGCCUCAAAAUUAAUUAAAGUAGCUACUUCUGGUGCAUCAGGUGUAAGCAAUCCUGAUACCAAGGAUCUUAAUUACUGCAGUGUCAGAUUACCUGCUCCACAACCUCUUGCACACAUUGAUAGCCCAGUAGCUAAAAGAUGUUUUUUAGUCUGCAAACCCCAGCCUCCACCUUUGACUGUACUAAGAGACAUUUUCUGUAGAUUUGGAAAUCUUAUUAAUGUAUAUACCUUACCCAAUAAAACGGUAGGAUAUGCACGGUACGCAGUAAGAGAAUCGGCAGAUGAGGCGAUAAGGAUAUUGCAUGGAGCUGAGGUAUGUGGGGUACGGAUAAAAGUUAUAGAAGCAGAGGCAGAAGCUCCUGCUAAGAAAAUUAGAUUGAAUUGACUUACCAAGGACAGACAGAACAUUAUUAUAAGACUAAAGGAAAUAUUUACUGACUUAUUUAUAUAUAUAAUGUAGACCAGACUGAAAUAAAAUUUUAA